AUGGUGAAAGCUCAGAAAAAGAAUAAAAAGCUUGAUAGAAAAGCAAAGCGUCAAUCAGAAGAGGAAGAGCUCGCUUCGUUGAAAAAAAGAAUCGAAGAGUUCCAAUCAGAAGAUAUAAAUGAGGCUUCUCAGUUUCAAGACUACCCCAUAUCUGAAGGUACUCUUCAAGGUCUUCGUGAGGCCAAUUAUGUUUCAAUGACUGAUAUUCAGAAAAAGACCAUACCUCAUGCUUUGAAGGGUGAAGAUAUUAUCGGUACAGCCAAAACAGGGUCAGGAAAGACCUUAGCAUUCUUGAUUCCCGUCAUUGAAUGUUUAAUCCACAACAACGUGACGGAAUAUGACGGCCUAGCUGCGCUCAUCGUGUCUCCUACUCGAGAAUUGGCAAUCCAAAUCUUUGAGGUUCUUACAAAGAUUGGAAAGUAUAAUUCCUUUUCAGCUGGUUUGGUCACUGGCGGCAAAGACGUUCAGUUCGAAAAGGAAAGAAUCGGAAGAAUGAACAUUCUUGUCGGCACUCCUGGCCGUAUUGCACAACAUUUUAAUCAAUCUGCUGGCAUUGAAACCUCCAACUUACAGAUUCUUGUCCUCGAUGAGGCCGAUAGGUGCUUGGACAUGGGUUUCAGAAAACAGAUUGACAGCAUCCUAGGGCAUUUGUCGCCCGAUAGACAGACCCUCUUGUUCUCCGCUACCCAAUCAGAAAGUGUCAAGGACCUUGCCAGAUUGUCAUUAACAAACCCUACCAAGAUUGGUGUCUCGUCUGACAACACCGUCUCCGCUACACCCGAUACGUUGGAUCAAUAUUAUAUUCGCAUAAAUCUAGAAGAUAAACUAGACGUUCUUUGGUCUUUUAUAAAGACUCACCUUAAAAGCAAGAUCCUUGUCUUCUUCUCGUCACUGAAGCAGGUUCAAUAUGCUUACGAAUCAUUCCGUACAUUACAGCCGGGUAUUUCUUUGAUGAGAUUAUAUGGCCGCCACAAGCAAACUUCAAGACUAGAAACAACGGUUAAAUUUUCACACGCGCAGUAUGCUUGUCUUUUUGCUACCGAUAUCGUGGCUAGAGGCUUAGAUUUUCCUGCCAUUGAUUGGGUGGUCCAGGUAGACUGUCCUGAGGAUGCUGCGACUUAUGUUCACAGGGUUGGAAGAUGUGCUCGCUUUGGUCGUCCAGGUAAGUCCCUUUUGAUGCUUCUACCAUCGGAAGAGGAGCCCAUGUUAAAAAGACUUAAGACCCACGAUAUCGAUAUCAAGAACAUGAACAUUAAAAAAAAUAGCAAGAAGACAAUCCGUCCACAGUUGCAAUCACUCUGCUUCAAGGAUCCGCAAAUGAAGAAUUUGGGUCAGCGUGCAUUCAUCUCUUAUUACCGCUCUAUUUAUGUCCAGAAAGAUAAAGAAAUUUUUGAUAUCAAUACUUUACCUGCCGAGAAGUUUGCUGAAUCAUUAGGGCUCCCAGGCGCUCCCAAGAUCAAAAUCAAAGGGGGGGAAGGGAACAAGGAGAAGAAAAAUAUGUCUAGGCAGCUCAUGGAAUUUGAGAAAGCCGACAACGAUGGUGAAGUCAAGGAUGAGAGGGGUAAGAAGACUACAAAAACCAAGUACGAUAGAAUGUUCGAGAGACAAAACCAGACAGUUCUUUCCAAGGAAUAUCUAAGCAUGACAGGAACAGGUUUACGAAAAGAUAACGAGGAUAGCGAGAGUGAUGAUGAUUUCAUGAAGGUGAAGAGAGCAGAUCAUGACAUCAAGGACGGUGAGACCCCGGACUUGACGCUUCCAGUUUCCAAGAGAGCGGCAAAGAAGGCUCUUUCGAAGAAACUCUCGAUCAAAGACAAAGGUAAGCCAACAAAGUUAGUGUUCGACGAUGAGGGAGAAGCUCACCCAAUUUAUGAGUUGGAAGACGAAGAGGAUUUCAAGAAGAAGGGUGACGCAAAAGAUCAAAAACGUGAAUUUGUCACAAAGGAAACUGACGCUAUGAAUGAAGCUGAUGUCGAAGACAAAGCGCUUGCCAAAGCAAAGAGGCAGGAGAAGAAGAGAAAGCGUAAAGAAGCUGAAAGAAGAUUGCAGGAAGAGGAUCUCCCUGAGGAUGAUGGUGAAGUGCAAGUAACGUUGGGCACACCCGAUCUUGAUAGAGAUCUUGAGUCGCUGGACGAGGAGGUCAAGGAACCCAAACUGAAAAAGCCAAAGUGGUUUAAGAACAUCAGGAAAAGAGAUACAGAAGAGAGCGGUGUUGUGGAGAUAGAUGAGCCACAAACCAUAGAAGAUUUGGAGGCUUUGACUUCCAGGUUGAUAAAUGAAUAG